UUGCCUUCUGAUCCCUCUUAACUGUGGCUGUGGCACAUAUUUUUGGUUAGGGGUCCCACUUUUUCGUUGCCACCCCUUGCACCGGAAGAACUAGCAUUUCUCUCUCUCUCUCUCCCUCUCUGUGCAUUAGUCAAGGAAUCACCCUUGUAUUCAGGGAUGCUAGGGAAAUCAUUGGCUUCUCCUUUUUUGACCUUUGGUUCUGCAACACCCUACUGCUUUUCUACUCCUCCUGAUCUUGCAACAUCUACACCAAAUAUCGUGCUGUUAAAUGUGAACUUCUCUAAUGGUCUUCCACCAGAUGUGCUCAGAGGAGCUUGGUCCACCAAUUUCUCUUCUAAGAAAUGGGAAAUACGUUCAACCGCACAAAUUGAAAAUUUAACAUUGAGUGAUGAAGAUAGGAAGGCAUGGGAAGCAUGCAGGCAAGCUCUAUCUGCAUUUAAUUUCAGUGUUGAGGAGGAAGACAAGAUACUUGGAAAAGCAUUUGGCCAAUUUCAUUCACCUUACUGGGGUGAGGAACGUCAAAGAGAAGUACCAAAAUUCGAAAUUGUAAAUGGAAUAUUGGACUAUCUUAGGGGUUUAAGCCUUGCCAAUGAUGAUAUCUGCAAGUUGCUCAAAAAGUUUCCUGAAGUUCUUGGAUGUAGUCUUGAACAUGAUCUGAAAACCAAUGUGCAGGUGUUAGAAAAGGAAUGGGGAAUAAAGGAGAAAUCACUCCGUAGCCUUCUUCUUCGAAAUCCAAAAGUGUUGGGUUAUAAUGUCGAUUGCAAGGGAGAUUGUAUGGCAAAAUGCACUCGAUGUUGGGUUCGGUUUUAGCUGUUAAUUAUAUAUGUUUUUGUCUGUGUACAAUAGGAGCAUGUUAAUGUUCUUAAUUUCAUAUUACGGUUGAUUGAUUUAUAAAUUCAAAUAUAUAUAUUCAAUGAUUAAUGUCUAUA